UUAGUCAUUUUGUUCAAAAUCAUCAUGUCUACAUCCACAUUAGACGCAUGGUUCUGUUGUUUGCAUUGCAAAACUCGCUUUGCUCCUUUCAAUGGUUUGAUUAAGGAACUUGCUUCACAUCGGAGUGGGGAGAAGUGUUGGUUCCUCUUUCGUGAUAACGCUGGCUUGAUGAAUGUGAACUUUGAAGGAAGAAAGGCAAUUGAUCAAGCUCCAACUAGUGUUAAAUCUGUUGAGGUUAGAGAUGGAGGUCAUACAACUCAAACAGAUAUGGCCAGCAUGUACUGUUCUAAGUGCAGUGCUCAUGUUGGAUGGAAAAUAGUUAAGGAGAGCAACAAUCACCCAAUAGUCCAUCAAGGCCAAUACAUAGUGCAAAAUCAUAUAAAGAUGUGAUGGAUGUGGCACAAGCCUGAAUGGGAUGCUUCUGCUGACAACUAUUAUAAUUGAUAUCAUUCGUUUCUUUUCCUAUUCAUUUAUUCAGAUUGUUGUUUCAAAUGGGUCAUGUACUAGUAGGAAAUAAUGAUAUGCCGAAUUUAAAUUAAA